GCGGCGGGGCGGGGCCGCCGAUUUCCGGUCACGUGAGGCGGGCGGCUGAAGCCGCGGUGCGGCGGCGCCAUGGCGGCCCCGUCUGAGACCGAGCGGCUGCUGAGCCGCGGGCCCGGUUACGGCGCGAUGGAGGCCCCGGUGGCGGCGGCGGGGGAGGAGGAGGAGGAGCUGCGGCGCCGCCUCAAGUACUUCUUCAUGAGCCCGUGCGACAAGUACCGGGCCCGGGGCAGGCGGCCCGUGAAGCUGGGGCUGCAGCUGGCCAAGAUCCUGCUGGUCACGGUCCAGCUCAUCCUCUUUGGGCUCAGCAACCAGAUGGUGGUGACGUUCAAGGAGGAGAACACCGUUGCCUUCAAGCACCUCUUCUUGAAGGACUACGUGGACGGUGCCGACGACUCCUACGCCGUCUACACCCAGCGCGACCUCUACGACCACGUGUUUUACACCGUGGAGAAGUACCUGGCCAUUCCCAACGAGACCAUCGGCCGCUACGCCUACGUGCGAGGGGAGAGCAGAGGGAACCAGUCGGCCCUCAUGCUGUGCCAGCAGUACUACCGCAAAGGGCGCAUCGACCCCGCCAAUGACACCUUCAACAUCGACCCCAAGAUCGUCACCGACUGCCUGGGAGUGGACCCUGAGGACACGCAUCCUCUGCCCCCAGAGCUGGACCGCAGCUACAAGAACUUCACCCUCAAAUUCCACAAGCUCAUCAACGUCACUAUCCAGUUCAAGCUGAAGGCCAUCAACAUCCAGACCAUCAUCAACAACGAGAUCCCGGACUGCUACACCUUCACCAUCACCAUCACGUUUGACAACAAGGCACACAGCGGCCGGGUGAAAAUCCGCCUCGACAACCGGGCUGACAUCAAGGAGUGCAAAGAUCCCAGCAUCUUCGGCAGGGGUGACAACUCCUUUCGGCUCUUCUUCGACGUCAUCGUGAUCCUCGUCUGCUCGCUCUCCUUCAUCCUCUGCGCUCGCUCCAUCAUUCGGGGCCUGAUGCUGCAGCACGAAUUCAGCCGGUUCUUCCGGCGCCGCUACAACCAGAGCGUGUGCCUGUCAGACCGCAUGGAGUUCCUCAACGGCUGGUACAUCCUGCUCGUCAUCAGCGACGUCCUCACCGUGCUGGGAACCAUCAUGAAGAUCGGCAUCGAGUCCAAGAACUUUGCCAGCUACGACGUCUGCAGCAUCCUCCUGGGCACCUCCACGCUGCUGGUCUGGGUCGGAGUCAUUCGCUACCUCACCUUCUUCCAGAAGUACAAUAUUCUCAUUGUGACGCUGCGGGUGGCCCUCCCAAACGUCAUCCGCUUCUGCUGCUGCGUGGCCGUCAUCUACCUGGGCUACUGCUUCUGCGGGUGGAUCGUGCUGGGACCAUACCACGUCAAGUUCCGCUCCCUCUCCAUGGUGUCCGAGUGCCUCUUCUCCCUCAUCAACGGGGAUGACAUGUUUGUCACCUUCGCCGAGAUGCAGCAGAACAGCUACCUGGUGUGGCUCUUCAGCCAGAUCUACCUGUACACCUUCAUCAGCCUCUUCAUCUACAUGGUCCUCAGCCUCUUCAUCGCCCUCAUCACCGGCUCCUACGAGACCAUAAAGCACCAGUGCGAGGGCGAAACGCCCGUGUCCCAGCUCCACGCCUACAUCGCUGAAUGCAAGGACAGCCCCAAGUCGGGCAAGUACCGCCGCGACAGCGCCUCGUCCUGCUCUGUCUUCUGCUGCUGCGAACGGGCUCCUCUGCAGGACAACACGAUGCUGGUGAACUGAGGGAGGAUCCCAGGGACUCGCAGCACUUUGUGUUCCUACCGGCCACGAGCCCUUUUAUUUAUUUUACUGUCUGCUUUUACCGACUCGGGGCUCGACACCAGUCCCAGAGGAGCAGGGGUCGAUGGCACCCGCAUGCCCUGCACUGACACGGACACCCCACAGGUGACGAUGAGACCAGAUGGACGCUCGUCCCAUUUUAUUUUUGACAGACACCGUGCCUCUGUGCUCCCAAUCCCGAACUAGAGCCCGGCAGCGACUCGGGCUCGGUUGUAGCCCCUCAGCUGUAAUUCAGGGGCUCAGCCCGGAGCCCUGCAGCCUCUUGGGCUGCAUCAAGAACUUGUCUGAGGCUUCGUCCUGAAGCCCUGCAGCCCCUGGGCUGUGUUGUGGACUUCUCCCCACUCUCGGCACCAAGCCCAGCUGCCCCUUGGCCAUGUCUGGGACAAGUCUUGGGCUUUGUCCCAGAACCCCAGAGCCCUUUGGCUGCGCUGGGGACUUUGUCCUCAUCCUAGAGCCCAGCUUCCCUUUGCCUGCGUAAGGGACAUCUCUGGGGGUUUGUCCCCAAGCCCCACAGUGAGGCAUUUGUCCCUGAGCCCUGCAGCCCCUUGGUGACACUGGGGAUGUGUCCAUGCUCUUAGUCCUGAGGCCUGCAGACCCUCAGCAACAUCAGCCUCUUGUUUGGGGCUGCAUCUUGGAGCCCAGCACCGCUUUGUCCCCCUUAGGGACUUAUCCCUUUCCUUACCUUGAGUCCUACUGCCCCUUAACCAUUCUGGGGCACUGUUCAGGCCCAAAGGGCCCCAGGAGUCCCCCUUUGCACCUCUGCCCCACUCCAACAAGUGGGACAAGAGCUGCACGGUGUCCCUGUGCCCCAGCUGACGGCUGCCUUGUUUCCCUCGGGCUGGGGUUUUGGCACUCGGAGCUUGUUUACGCAGUGCCGGACGGGUCAAGGGCAGGUUUUGUAAGCAGUCGAGCAGCUGCUCCCCACUGGAGUGGGGCCAGGGGCCGCUGGCUCCAGGCACGGCUUGAAAAAGGCCAAAUUCAUCCCAAAUCGCGGCCUGGCGGCGAUGGCAGUGGGCGAUGCUGAUCCUAACGCUGCUUGCGUUCAUGCCCCGAGUUGUGGCUGGCUUCGGGGCGGCUUCUGGGCGCUGCAGCGGGAGAAUAAAAGCACCCAGGGAGA